CCCAGGUGUACUGGACUGUUUACGUUUAAGUCUAACCCCGCCCUCCCCACUUGAAUGGGAAGGGUAGUUUCAGGGCGGACCCGGCGGGGUUAUCGAACGCACCUUCCUCUCAGAGCAGAGACGAGCUCCCCGGUAACGGUAACCGGUAACGGGUUUAAUUGACAGCUCGACGAUGGCACAUAAUACCGUUGGGCAACGGGUGUCAGAAUCAGCCCAAAAUAACAACGGGACGGUGUCUUCGUGUGGCGGGAAGCCCGGCUCCGUGUCGGUUUGUUGUUUAGGUUAGCUACAGAAAGCUAACUAGCUAGCAUCCUGCUUCUUUUAACGGCAAGGUAUCCUGCGCAUGCGUGUUACUCAGUAGGCUAGCUGCCGUUCGUCUGUAAUGUUGCGUUCUCGAUGCUGCAGCCAGUUUGUUGUUUAGGUUAGCUACAUGAAGCUAGCUGGCUAGCUAGCAGCCUGCUUCUUGUAACGGUUCUACCGGGAGUUAGCGUCGGGAGGAGACAGCUAACCGACAGAUGGUCACAGUUACGGUAAAUCUGUACCGUUGCUGCCUCACAUGAUGGACGAAAAAGCGCCGCUGUGGGAGAAACGGAGCCGGUAAAGCUGCGGGACUCGCUAGCGGAUGUAGUCAGUUAGUUAGCAUCAGGCCUGAGCACACUUCCUUGCUCCCUUGCUCCCUUCCUUCCUUCCUUCCUUCCUUCCUUCCUCGCUGCCCCAGGAAUACAGACCCUCUCCCAUGAUCACAAUGGAGGCAGCCCUUAAUCCGCUGCCACAGUUCCCAGAAAGCUCCUAUAAAAUGACGGAGGAGGAUGUGAAGCGGCUGAUAGAGUUCAGGGCCUCCAACGAGGCUCUGUUCACGGGCAAGAGGAACUCCGCCAAGAUAGCCUGGAGCACCAUCCUGAAGGGUCUGGGUCUGGAGGGGAAGCUCACAGCCGACCAGAUCGCCAAGAAAUGGGACAACCUGCGCACGAAAUACAAGGACCUGAAGCAGACCUACCUGGGCCCAGACAACAACGGGGGCAUCUUGGAGUCGUGGCCCUGGUUCCACAUCAUGGACGACGCCAUGAACGGGCGCCUCUACAGCAGCAGCCUGGUGCUGAGCCCCGAGACGGCCGGCAGCGCUGCUCUCCGCUGCAGCCAGAACCAGAACCAGAGCCAGAACCAGAACCAGAGCCAGAACCAGAACCAGAGCCAGAACCAGAGCCAGAGCCAGGAGAACACAGACAUCCUGGAGUUCCUCAUCAAGACGGAGAUGGAGGACACGGUGGCGCAGGACGCCGUGGCGGUGGACGGCUCGGUUCACGCCGAGGCUCCGCCCCCCUCCGAGGGAGUCCCCAUGGGCUGGAGGAGGAUGAGCGAGUGCUCCUAUAAGAUGACCGAACCUGAAACCGAGAGAAUGAUCAAACUCCGAGCUGCCAACGAAGCUCUCUUCACCGGCAGGAAACAUUCAGCCAAACCGGCCUGGAGAGCCAUCCUGUACGAGCUGGGUCUUCAGGGGAAGCUGACCACGGAUCAGCUGGCCAAGAAGUGGGACAACCUGAAGAGGAGAUACAAGGAGCUGAAGUUCCCCGCCCGCGGAGCCGAGACCAACCCGAGCUCCUGGCCCUGGUUCUACCGCAUGAACGACGCCAUGGAGGGGCGCUUGGCCGGCGCGGCGCCCAUCCUCACGCCCAUCGUGGAGGACGAAGACGAGGACUGCGAGCCGCUGUCGCCCACGCCGAAGAAGAGGGCGCGCCGCAGCCGGGGCGGGAUGGCCGAGUUCCUGACGGAGUCGGAGAUGGACCUGCUGGUGGAGAACGAAGACAAGAACGCGUCGGCAGCGCUGGGGGAGCUGCAACGCAUGGCCGAGUUCACGUACAAACUGACAGAAGAAGACAUAAAGCGCCUCAUCGAGCUACGAGCCUCUAACGAGUCUCUGUUCACGGGCAGGAGGAACACCGCCAAGCCGGCCUGGAGGGGGAUAGUGAAGGGGAUGGGUCUGACGGGGAAGAUAACACCAGACCAGGUCGCCAAGAAGUGGGACAACCUGAAGACCAAAUUCAAGGACCUGAAGUUCCCCCCGCGGGGCAUGGAGAGCCCGACCAGCGCGGCCUCCUGGCCCUGGUUCCAGCUGAUGAGCGAUGCCCUGGAGGGCCGCCUGGCGGGGAAGGCUCCCCGGGUGGCGCCCGUGUGGAGCGGCGAGGAGGACGGGGUGUUCGGCUGCUCGCCGCCCCCCCCCGACAGAGACGGCCUGCUGGCGGAGCGCGGCAGCGUGUCGGAGCUGGAGAGCGUGGUGGGGGGGGACAACGCCGCCGAGGCUGAUGGGAGCGUGACCUACAUCGACGCCAGCGGAGAGGAGUGCUCCACGCCAUCAGACCUCUCCUAUAAGAUGACAGACCAGGACACCCGGAGGCUGAUUAAACUGCGAGCUGCUAACGAGGCUCUGUUCACCGGGAGGAGAAACGCUGCCAAAGCUGCCUGGAAGGCCAUCCUGAAGGAGCUGGGGCUGCAGGGGAAAGUCUCCACCCACCAGAUGGCCAAGAAAUGGGACAAUCUGAAGAGGAGAUACAAGGAUCUGAAGUACCCUCCCGUUGGGAUGGAGAACGUAGCGGACAGCUCCUCCUCCUGGCCCUGGUUUCACCUGAUGAACGAAGCGAUGGAGGGUCGCCUGGCGACCAGCGCCCCUCUCCUCACCCCCGUAACCCAUGACGACGAGCAGUACCCCGACCCAGCCCCCAGACACCGGGCCCGGGCCACCGCUGCCACCGUACCUCCACCUCCCACGUCCUCCUCUGACUACGCACAGGAGGUGUUCGGUGACAGCCGCAACGACAGUGGUGGAGCCCUAGGUGGAGGGGAGCCGAACCAGCGGUUGUCGGAGGCUUGCUCCGGCGGCGCGCUGGAGCGCGAGUGGGAGAUGGUGGAGAGGGAGCGCGCGGCGCUGGAGCGCGAUCGCGAGAUGGCGGACCGAGACCGCGCGGCGCUGGAGCGAGAGAGGGCCGCCGUGCAGGCCGAGAGGCUGUGGCUGGAGAGGGAGCGCGCCGCCGUGGAGCGCGACCGGGCCAUGGUGGAGCAGGAGAGAGCCGCGCUGGACCAGAGGGCUCUGAUGAUGAACUCUGUGGGACACGCCGGACACCUCAACGCACUCAUGUAGGCUGCUGUAGAGACGCAGGUCUGGACCUCCAGUCUGGAGGAGAAAAGCCUCCCCGACAGACCACCGAGACGGAGACAUGUCGGUCCUCCACACAGAGUCCUGGAGACGUAGAGCGCUGGGACACGAUCAGGAGGGCUGCACAGUUACGGACUGAUCACUGGGGCUGUGUGCUCCAUUUUAAAGAAAUUCUUAGUCGACUAACACUCGUUCAACUGUACCGACUAAUCGAUUAGUUGAUUUAAAAUCGACA